AUGUCUGACGGACAAUCAAAAAGAAAGAGGAAAAAAAAGGUAGAAGUCAUACAAGAAAUAACAGCAGCAGCUACAGCUAGAGAUGGAAAUUUCGCCUCGGUACAGAGAGAUGUUGUAGAAUUAGGGUUGGUCGUUUUCCCAUGUUGUGAAAGACAGCACCAAACGCAAAGCACCGUUUCCGUUGAUAUUGAUCCCGAGGAUGAGGAAUCAGAUCAUUGUGACCAACUAAGUGAAGAUGAACUAUUAAAUACACUGAGCAAUGACCUGUCAGUUCCCUACAUUCCAGCAGUGAAUACUGAAACAAAUGUCGAAACUGAAAUUGAAGAUGUGUACAAAAGUCCACCGCCACUAACGGAGAAUGAGACAAAUGAAGAAAGUGAAUGGGUAUUUGACUAUUUGGACCGAAUACAGGACGUUCUUCAAGACGAAAUGGUGCACACUGAAAGCGAAAUGGAUGAAAGCGAUGACGAUGAACUAUGGUAUGACGCUUCUGAAACAUCAGACUGUAAUAAUCUCGCAAACACCGAAUUUACUGAAUUUGCUAACACUAGUAACACUGACACCGCAGAAUCCGAAGAUCUGGAUCACAAAGCACUGUACGAAAACUGCCCACUUACCGUCGGACUCAGUGCUUUACUUAUUAUUACCUUUGCAAUGAGACAUUUGCUAUCGGGUAAAGCAUUGCAUGACCUACUAGGGCUGAUUAGCUUGCAUUGCGGGACUCCAAACUAUUGCUUCAAAUCAUUAUUCAAAUUCAAAAAGUAUUUUCAGCACUUAAAGAGUCCUUUGAAAUACCACAAGUACUGUGCUCGUUGUACUGUCGCUAUCGAUGAUGAAACGAAAACCUGUCCAAACGCUUUAUGUCAGCAAGAUUUAACUGUGACUGGCAAUGUCAGUUUUUUCAUUGAAGUACCAAUGGAAAAACAAUUACUUUCAAUGUUUGGAACUCCUGGUAUGUGGAAUUCACUUAGUUUUCGCUUCAAAAGAAUCAAGAAGGAUCGUGAAAACCUCGAAGAUAUCUAUGAUGGAAAUCAAUAUCAAAAGUACUUCCAAAAUGGCGGUAUACUGUCUGAUCAACGGAAUAUUUCUUUUACGUGGAACACAGACGGUAUUCCAGUUUUUAAAUCGUCUAAACUUGCGAUUUGGCCUUUGUACUGCAUUGUCAAUGAAUUGCCUUAUGCACUGCAUUGUCAAUGA